UUCAGUGGCGAUCUCUGCCUAUCACCCUAUCAGUCAGAGGGAGAAUUAGACUGAUUAGACGCUCUUAUUGGCAGAGCCUUGUACCUUUCCCAUCACUCCCUCGACUCCUAGAACAGCUGGAAGGCUUUGUCUCCUUAGCAGCAGCAGCAGCAGCAGCAAUCCUGAAAGGAGUUUAGGAUUCCUGCUUAUGCAUUAAUUCUCUCUUAAUUCUCUCUUGUCUGGAUUCAGUCUUGUCCUGAAGACUCGAAUCAAGAUCUUGGCUUAUUGUCAGGAGGCUACAAGGAAUCAGUGGUGCAGAGAAGCAGCACCGUACAGGAUAGUACAAUAAAGUGUAUGUGUGCGCUGAGACUUGACAUCUUAACAAGAAAGACGCAUCACCUGAAGUAUUAGUGUCACCCGCAGGAGUGAAAUUCAUCAUCGUCCUGAAAAGACUGGCUCAGUGGAUUUUGACCUUCGCUCACAUACAAAGCGUUUCAAACCUUUCAGGACGACGUGCCGGGUCCUUCUGCCCUCGUCUGGGGUUGUUGAAUGCCCCACCUGAGCAGUGGCUCUCUGAGACCCCAGCAGGGAACCAUGGAAAACAACACACUAACCUGCAAUCCUGCAACCUUCUCCCAGGUGUUUGGGCGCCAGGGCCAGCUCAUGCAGGCAGCUGUGCAGUCACUGAACACCCUGAAUGACCAGAUCGCUCACUUUAUGGUAAACGGGCCCAAGGCCUUGGAUGAUGAAGAUGACACCUUCCUGCCCAGCGAGAAGGAAACUCUGAAGAAAUCCAUGACCUUAAUGAGACAACUGCUAAUGGAUGCACAGGCCAAAAUCCUUAAAAUGAUGGAUGACAACAAACAGCUGGCUCUAAGGAUCGAUGGGGCAAUCCAGUCUGCCAGUCAGGAGGUGACGAACCUACGAUCUGAACUGACAGCUACCAGCAGGAGACUGGCUGAAAUAAGCGCCUCUGAGCCCACCACUAUCAUGGAGAACAAUCAACACAACACCCAAGAUCCUUCUGUCCACCAAAGGCAAAAGGCAGUGACUGACAUUUGCUUAAAAACGGACAUAACCAGCCUGAUGGACUUUAGCACCCCUGAUUCAUCGCUCGACAAAGUGAUGUUGCGGGAGGAGGUGGCGCAGCUCCAGGAGGAAGUCCAGCUGCUUCGUCAGAUGAAGGAGAUGCUGACCAAGGACCUGGAGGAGUCUCACGGGGGCAAGUCUGCUGAGGUGCUCUCUGCCACUGAGCUCAAGGUGCAGCUGGCACAGAAAGAGCAGGAGCUGGCACGAGCCAAGGAGGCCUUACAAGCCAUGAAGGCAGACAGGAAGCGCUUGAAAGCAGAGAAAGCGGACUUGGUGAACCAGAUGCAGCAGCUGUAUGCCACUCUGGAGAGCCGCGAGGAGCAGCUGCGGGACUUUAUACGCAACUACGAGCAGCACAGAAAAGAGAGUGAAGACGCAGUGAAAGCCCUGGCAAAAGAGAAGGACCUGCUGGAGCGAGAGAAGUGGGACCUCCGACGGCAAGCCAAAGAGGCGACGGAGCACGCAAGCACCCUUCGCUCGCAGCUCGACCUGAAAGAGAACAGGAUCAAGGAGCUGGAGGCCGAGCUCGCCAUGAUGAGUAACUGUGUGGCUCAGAAAAAGGAGUAUCGUGUGUUUGAUCGCUCCGCAGAGAAGGAGCCCCCCUCGAGGGUGAUGGCGGCGAAGCAGUCUCUAGCCACGUUGACCAAGGAUGUUCCCAAGAGGCACUCGCUGGCCAUGCCCGCCGAGACGCUGCUGAACGGCAACCAGGAGUGGGUGAUGCAGGCCGACCUGCCUCUGACCGCAGCCAUCCGCCAGAGCCAGCAGAGCCUGUACCACGUGCACCAGCCACACGCCGCAGCGGACAGGCCAGCAGUGAGAGUGAGCCCCUGCCACUCGCGGCAGCCCUCCACCAUCUCCGACGCCUCCGCUGUCGACGGAGACCGCUCAUCCACGCCCAGUGACAUCAACUCGCCCCGCCAUCGGACGCACUCCCUGUGCAACUCACUGGAGGAUCUGGAAGACCAGAAGCGCAAGAAGAAGAAGGAGAAGAUGGGUCUGGGUUCCUUGUCACGGGUCUUUGCCAGGGGAAAGCAGCGCAAGUCCAUGGAUCCAGGCCUGUUUGAUGGUACUUCUCCACCUGAUUAUUACAUAGAGGAGGAUGCAGACUGGUGAUGGGGCUGCCCUGUGUGUGUGCGUGUGUCUUAAAGAAAAAAAAAAAAAAAAAUUAAGUGAGCCCUUUUUUCCGCUGCGUCUCUGCCUCCCUGUAAUCGAUGUACAUAUUAAAAGCAAAACGAAACAAAGAAAUAUAAAUAUAUAUAUUAUGUGUGAAUGUGUUAACUGUCGUCCUCAGAGCAAUGCGCUGUGUUUUAAAUCUUUUCCUUUUUAAAUAUAUUGGUUUUUAUUUGACAACUGGAAACUUGAAGGACUGCUGUGUAUUUGUAAAUAACAGCCAUUGUUCACUUUGUGCUUGUAAACGUCUUGUCCUGAUUGCGUUUAUUUUUUGUUAGUGAGUGUUUUUUUUUUUUUUCUUGAAAUCCAAGGUUUUGGUGCAUUUUCUGUAUUUGUUAUGUUUUUGUACAAAAAAUAAAUUAAUUAAAACGGCUUUUGAAGAGACAGUAUUCCUCACGCAAGGCAACGGGACAGAUGUAGACUUUAGGGACCCCAGUCUCAAACUCUAACACUGGAAAAGUAGGACGAGGGGGGGGAAAACUGCAAUUCCACUUACCAGCUAUGCACGACAAUAAUCAUUUUAAGUAUAGACCAUAUCAACUGUCUACCAUCCUUUUAAUACAAGAUCAUUCUGAGAAACUGCUUCAAAUAUCUGUUAUAGAAAAUAACUUAUAGAACAUAGAUGUGAAACUCAAUCCCGAGUGCAGAUCCAAUCAGGCUCUGAAUAUUACUUUUAGUUAUGCGUUGCUUUCACGUGCACUACAUAUAAAAGCCAGUUCUUAAAACUAUCGGCACCCUAGAUGGGCUACUUAUUUAAUGGCAGGCUACUUUUUUUUUUUUUUAUCUAAACUUGUUUGUAGGACAUGGCUGGAAUAAAACCCUGUAUUGUGUGUGGCUCUUGAGGGCUGGAGUUGGCAGCCUGUUCCUGCUGCAGAGGAGCAGAUGCUUUCUGGGGCUCGCUGUAAAUAACUGCCUGCCUCUCUGGGUCUCUGUAGGUCACUGCCUGCCUCUCUGGGUCUCUGUAGGUCACUGCCUGCCUCUCUGGGUCAUUGUAGAUCACUGCCUGCCUGGAGGUUGUCCUGCUGGAGGUGGGGAGGGGCUGCACUUCCUAUUCAGUCUGAGAAAGGGGUCUGUAAUAUUGCCAAAGAUCCUUAAUAUAAAGGGGAACCAAGUCUCUGGCCACCUAUAUGCAGCUAUAUACAGAUAGUGCUUGUGGGCACAAGGAUCACAGCUACUAUAUCUUAUUGGUAAAGCCUGGACAGUGGCAUCUAAUCUGGCAGUGACAGUUUAAAUCCUGCCACUCACUGAAUGAGAGUCCCACAGGGCAAAGCAAGGCACCCCGCACUCGAACAGCGUUCAUAAACACAUUAAAAGAAAACUGGCCUGAGCUGAUAUAACUGAGGAUGCCACGGCAAGCCGUUGGAUAUGACUGUUAGUAUUAGUUUGCAACGUUACUUUUGGAAGCGUUUCUGAAAUGCAAGCUAGCAUUUAACAGCAGACUGGCAGGGCUGGCCUUGAGGGAAAUGGGUUGAAAGAAAAGAAGAGUUGCAGGAAGCUGGUGUGUGGCUGCUGAUAAGGAGGUGACAUUGGCAGACAGAUUAGAUCUGCACUCGGAAGAUCCACUUCCAAAAAGAUAAUGGGGAAUAUCGUAAAAUCUGGACUGCGAUGAUGAAACCAAACAAACUAAUGCUUCAAAUACAGGUAGCAGACUUAACAGAUCUGACUUUAUCUUUGCAUGAUUUUGUACUUUUUUAUUUUGUAGUAAUGAUAAUUCCAGGAUUUCCUGAAUAAUACAACCAAAGGGUAAUUAGACUUGAGGCAGUUUUCAGGUAGCUGUAAUAGUAGCUUACCAGUGCCCAAAUGUCUAACUUUUAAUUUCCAAUUUUAAAUUAAAAUAUAACGUCAACAAUGAGACAACAUAAGAUACCAGUUUAAACAAAUCUUACAUUGUUACUUAUUACUAAGACUAUUACACUGGCCAGAGAACAUUUUUAAAAUAGGCUUGUAUGUUGUAUCAGAACCCCACAGCACAGAGCGACCCAUUUGAAAAACAGAAGUCCACAAAAUCAAUGUCAAUUUAAUUUGAAUGUUGAAGGGGGAAGGUCUCACUGGUCAAGUUUAGACCUCUUUGGUUGAUGUAGGAAAGGUUCAUUUCAGACAUGUUUUGCUUUGUUACUACUGUAUGUUACCAUGGAACCAUCAGGUGUGUCCUCCCACUUGCAUUUAGAAAAGGGAAAACAGCAAUUCAACAGAGCACCUGAAUUUAAUUCACAACUAGUUAAUGCUAUAACCCAAAAUGAAUUAGGAUGUGGAUGCUAGAGCUGCCUAAAAGUAAUUAAAGCAGAAGCAGAUGUUAAUAUUCUUUCGGCGUGAAAAACACAAGGCAGAUAAAAGCUUCAUCAAUUUCAGUAGAAGCUAAUUUAACAGAUUAUACCCAACUCUGCCUUGCCUUAAAGGAAUACUAUCUCUUCAUCCUGUAUCUGAAAAAAAACUGUUGCCUUUCUGUCCCACUAACUGGCUGCAGUGUGGGGAGUUAAGGGAACGUAUAUUUAAAUUGCAAAUACUUACCCACACUGCUUUGCAAAGGGAGCUGUCAGAAAUGGCAGGAAGUGUUUUUAUUUGUGACAUCACUUCCUUCCAACUGAUAUUUUUGCAUUAUUAUUAUUUUAUUUUUAUUAUUAUUAUUGUUUUUAAUUCUUAUUUUUACGGAACUACCAGUUCCAUAGAAAUUCUGCUUCUCGUUUCAUUUUUUUUAAUUUAAAUAUUUUUUUUAAGUUUUGUAAAUUAGGAAAUAAUGCUAAAAAUUUACUAAAGAAUUUAUUUAAAAAAAUAAGUUAAAUAGAAGAUGAAUAAUGGCUAUCUUUUAGAUUUUACUCUUUUUCCCCAAAGUGUUGGGGAGAGAAUAUUGAAAAGGUUUAAUGGCAUGGAUACAAAUAUGAAAAAUCUAAAUAAAAACUUAUUUUAAAAUAAAAUAAAUAACACUGAA